AUAUCCCGAGAGUUAAAUUUCCUCGUGGUAGAGUGGGAGGGGAUGUCCCCAUCAGUGUGACUGUGUGAGUGACUGGAAGUGUAGUAGGUCCCCGGCCCCUCCCUCACGGUGGUUUUGAACUCUUGAUUGUAACCGUUUAGGUGUGGCGACGACUUUUAAUCUCUCACAAUGGAUCAACAACAGGCACCCAAGAAGCGAGGCCGUAAACCCAAACCUAAGGAAGACAAGAAAGACGAACAACAACAAACACCUAAGAUGAAAGACACAGCCAAGAGAACUCAGUAUCACUCUGUUGACGACAAGUACACUCAGUGGAAAUCUCUUGUUCCUGUUCUUUAUGACUGGCUCGCUAAUCACAACCUCGUUUGGCCUUCUCUCUCUUGCCGAUGGGGCCCGCAGCUUGAGCAAGCUACUUACAAGAAUCGUCAACGUCUUUACCUUUCUGAACAGACUGAUGGUAGUGUUCCGAAUACACUGGUUAUUGCGAAUUGUGAGGUUGUCAAACCUAGGGUUGCAGCUGCCGAACACAUUUCUCAGUUUAAUGAAGAGGCGCGAUCUCCAUUUGUCAAGAAGUACAAGACCAUCAUACAUCCUGGAGAGGUCAACAGAAUCAGGGAGCUUCCACAAAAUACCAAGAUAGUGGCCACCCACACUGACAGUCCAGAUGUUCUCAUUUGGGAUGUUGAAGCUCAACCUAACCGCCAUGCUGUUCUUGGAGCUACUAAUUCUCGCCCAGAUUUGAUUUUGACUGGACAUCAAGAUAAUGCAGAAUUUGCUCUUGCUAUGUGCCCUACAGAACCCUAUGUGCUCUCUGGAGGUAAGGACAAAUCGGUGGUUUUAUGGAGUAUCCAGGACCAUAUAACAACAUCGACCACAGAUCCAGCCACAGCUAAAUCUGCAGGAUCAGGUGGAUCAAUCAUUAAACAGAAUCCCAAGCCUGGGGAAGGUAAUGAUAAAGCUGGUGAUGGUCCUUCUGUUGGUCCACGAGGUAUCUACUAUGGGCAUGAGGAUACAGUUGAAGAUGUGACAUUCUGUCCAUCCAGUGCACAGGAGUUCUGUAGCGUAGGUGAUGAUUCUUGCCUUAUCUUAUGGGAUGCCCGAGUUGGUUCAAACCCAGUUAUUAAGGUUGAGAAAGCACAUAAUGCUGAUCUGCACUGUGUUGAUUGGAAUCCCCACGAUGAUAAUCUUAUACUUACCGGGUCAGCUGAUAAUUCUGUGCGCAUGUUUGAUCGUCGGAAUCUGACUUCCAACGGGGUUGGGUCACCUAUCCAUAAGUUUGAGGGUCACAGAGCUGCUGUUCUCUGUGUGCAGUGGUCUCCAGACAAAUCAUCUGUAUUUGGAAGUUCUGCGGAGGAUGGUCUCUUAAACAUUUGGGAUUAUGAGAAGGUUGGUAAAAAGGUGGAACAUGGGUCAAGGUCUCCUAGUUCUCCCGCAGGCUUGUUUUUCCAGCAUGCUGGGCACAGGGACAAAGUUGUUGAUUUCCAUUGGAAUGCAUCUGAUCCAUGGACUGUUGUUAGUGUCUCUGAUGACUGUGAUACGACAGGUGGAGGGGGCACACUGCAGAUAUGGCGCAUGAGCGAUUUGAUCUAUAGGCCAGAAGAAGAGGUUUUAGCGGAGCUUGAAAAGUUUAAGUCUCACGUAAUCUCAUGUGGUUCUAAGUCAUGAAAUGUCAUAUGAUUGUUACAACUAAUUGAGCUAUUGGGUUGACUUCUUAAAAAUGAUAGAAAUUCGUUAAGUUAUUUUUUAGGUUUGUUGUCAGAAAUUAUAUAGCUUUCCAGAAAUAUGAGGCUCUAUGAUGAAUUUGUGAUCAUUCUCUCUCCUUA